CCCUUCUCUCUCUCUCUCUCUCUCUCUCUCUCUCUCACACUCUGCUCACUUCGCCACUUUUACUGAUCCCUUGAUCUCAUUUAUUACAUUUUCACCUGCUUAUACCAUUAUUUUCAUUUUCAGUUCUCAAUUUUCGACAACUUUGGUUACUUAAUCGAAUAAUCAGUUUCAGAGUUUCUUUAAUUUCGCAUUCAUCUCUUUAUCGUCGUUUUCGUAUUAUUGUUUUCAUUCAGAAUGGCGUCUUCGAUGCUCUCUCUAACUUCUGCCUCUCCGUCACCAUCAGCUUCGCUAUCUACCCAGGAAUCUCUCAAGGGAAAGUUGAAGCUUCGGAGUUCCGGUUUGAGCUUCACCAAGGAAAAAAUCAAUCCUUUUGCAAAUGGAAAAUCUUUUGGCCGGGUGUCUAUGGUGGCUGCCGUUAACGCUUCUCGAUUUGACGGCAUAGCAAUGGCUCCACCUGAUCCAAUUCUUGGAGUUUCUGAAGCAUUCAAAGCGGACACAAACGCUCUCAAGCUUAACCUCGGAGUCGGGGCCUAUCGGACUGAGGAACUUCAGCCGUACGUGCUUGAUGUUGUUAAGAAGGCAGAGAAUCUUAUGCUUGAGAGAGGGGAAAACAAAGAGUAUCUUCCAAUAGAAGGUUUGGCAGCAUUCAAUAAGGUGACUGCGGAGUUAUUAUUUGGAGCAGACAACCCUGUGAUAAAAGAACAGAAAGUAGCAACUGUUCAAGGACUUUCGGGAACUGGAUCUCUUCGUCUUGCUGCAGCUCUUAUAGAAAGAUAUUUUCCUGGGGCUAAAGUUCUGAUAUCAUCUCCAACUUGGGGUAACCACAAGAAUAUUUUCAAUGAUGCUAGGGUUCCAUGGUCUGAAUACCGAUACUAUGAUCCUAAAACAGUUGGUUUGGAUUUUGAGGGUAUGAUAGCUGACAUAAAGGCCGCCCCCGAAGGGUCAUUUGUGCUGCUUCAUGGCUGUGCUCACAACCCAACUGGCAUCGAUCCUACCCCUGAGCAGUGGGAGAAAAUCGCUGAUGUCAUUCAAGAAAAGAACCAUAUUCCAUUUUUUGAUGUUGCAUACCAGGGAUUUGCAAGUGGAAGCCUUGAUGCUGAUGCAGCAUCAGUGAGGUCAUUUGCUGCACGAGGUAUGGAGCUUUUUGUUGCUCAGUCAUACAGUAAAAAUCUGGGUCUUUAUGCUGAAAGGAUUGGAGCAAUGAAUGUUGUCUGCACUUCAGCAGAUGCAGCAGCAAGAGUGAAAAGCCAGCUGAAGAGGCUUGCUCGACCUAUGUACUCAAAUCCUCCUAUUCAUGGGGCUCGGAUUGUUGCUAAUGUUGUUGGGGAUCCAGUUCUUUUUAAUGAAUGGAAAGCAGAGAUGGAACUGAUGGCUGGAAGAAUAAAGAAUGUAAGGCAGAAACUAUAUGAUAGCCUGUGCGCGAAAGACAAGAGCGGGAAGGAUUGGUCAUUCAUACUCAAGCAGAUCGGCAUGUUUUCAUUCACAGGAUUGAACGAAGCUCAGAGUGACAAGAUGACAAAUAAGUGGCAUGUAUACAUGACAAAGGAUGGAAGGAUAUCCUUGGCUGGCUUAUCUUUGGCCAAAUGUGAAUACCUCGCAGAUGCAAUCAUUGAUUCGUUCCACAAUGUCAGUUGAAAUCAAUAUCAUUGCGAUGGAGAUUAGAAGCAAACUCCAAAGGGAUUUUUGGCGACCCUGCUGUUCAACAAUGUAUUGUUUUAGUAAGGUUUCAUGAAAAUCUUGUAAUAACUCGUGCUUAUCUCAUGUUGGAAAUUUUUUAUUGUGAAUUUCACUACAGCCAAGCUGUCGAAUUUAUUUCUUUGAGAGAGGAAGUUAACUUGAGAAUUUUGUAUGUUUAAUGAUCUUUUAUGUGCUAUUAGUAAAAUCCA